AUGCCGCCAUCGCUAUCGGAAUCGGACAUUGAUGAGACAAAGAGAAACGACCUCAACGCCGCUGCUUCGAUUUUGAUGCCUUCGCAGCGGGACAAUCUUCGAUCUUCGGGCUCGCUGGACUCCACAACCGAGGAGGGAGACGGCGUCCUCUUGAAGAUUUCCUCCGACGACGUCGGAAAAUAUAAACUCAAGAAGUGCCGAUUCCCCAGACUAACUUCAAUAGCGUUUCUGGGGGAAGUCGCUGACUCGUUCGAAAACUCCGUGAAUAAUCAUGAAAGCCGCGCUCGACUGCUGAAGAAGAAGUAUCCAUGGACGGAAAGCGAAGACGAAAAGCCCUGGUUCUAUCGACCAAGAGGACCAGAAGAUGUCGAAGCCGCCCUCAACGAGGAUGGUUCACCGUCCUCAACGCCUGUUGAAUACGAAGGCGAAUUCUACCCGACGGAAAAGAUGAUGCCCAACGCAACUGCUGCCGAAAUCGUUCGCAUCGACCACUACCGAGACCUGUUCAAAUGGGAAAAGCGCCACUUGAAUUACGCGAAACGAAAGAUCGAGUACAUCCUGGACUACAAACGAAAGCAUAGACAGGACUUGUACUUGGUCAAAUGGUGUGGAAUUCCAGAACUUGGAAGCACGUGGGUUCGUCCAAUCGACAUUUCUACGCAUCGGUACGAGUUUGGCCGGCAGAUAAACCAAUUUUGGGAAGCAGCAAAGAAGAUCAUCCCGCACAAGAAAAUGCCCAUCGUUCGUCGAUCCAACUACGAAAUUCCGCCAGAAUACUCGAACAUGAUCUUGGUCGACUACGUCAAAGAAAAGCGCGAAAAGAUGAAAGAAAUACUCGCUGAAAACCCAUUAGGAGAGAAUCUGAUCAUAGAGAAUGAGUUGGACAUUUCGAAGAGUCCCUUUUCUUUCGAUUUCAUAAAGCAAAACACAUUCAUCGGAGACAAGUCGCAGCUAACGGAGUAUGCAAAAGAGCUAGAAGAACAGCUUGAAAUUGCCGAAGCCAUGGGGCAUUUCUGCAAGGAAGAAUGUGGCGAAUGCACGGUCAAGUUCUACCAGCAAAACGACCUCGGCAUUCAUAAAGCCAGCUGGAAAAAGUACAAACAUUACCGGCACGUGACUGCAGAAGAAGGCGAUGGACACGAAUACUGGAAAGUCGUCCAUCCAGAGAGCUACCUCAUCUUCGAGUGCACUGACAACUGCGUCUGCCGCAAAAACGGAACGUGCAAGAUGGACCAGUUGUCCAAACUCCGAGCUAACGUCAACACCACAAAGUUUUCGAUCUUCAAAACGGACAACGACCGGGGUUGGGGAUUGAAGGCGAUGCAGCGCUUCAAACAAGGAGAAGCCGUGAUUGAGUACGUCGGAGAAUUGAUGCUUGAAGACACCUUCAAGCUCGCGGAGAAUCAAAUCUGGGGCAAAGGGCUCAUGUACAGCAUGAACUUGACCCAGAACGACAAGAACUUUCCCGCCUACGUCGUGGACUCCUCGAGAAAGGGUAACCACAGCCGGCUGAUCAACCAUUCCUGCGACCCGAACCUGACGACGUACAAGAUCAUUAAAGACGACCGUAACAUCAACCGUCCGUGCCCAGUCCUCUUUGCCAACAAAGACAUUGAACCUGGCGAAGAGCUGACCUUCAACUACAAGAUAGAGGUCCAAAAUCAAGACGAAGACCCUUCCAACGAGAACGGUUCUUCGGAAGGCGUCGCGGACGAGCAAGAAAAGGAAGACGAUUUCGAGAUUGUCUUCACGUGCCAAUGUGGCUCCAAGAAAUGCAAGGACCGCGACAAGUCAAAGAAAACGAAGAAGCCUGCUAAGCAAUUGCAGAAAAAACGAAAACUUGAGCACAGCUCAAAACCAUCGCCCAAGAAGCCAAAAACGGACGCCGAGAGCAGCUAG